UACUUCGAGAUUCAAUUACUUGGAAAAGAAUGCCUUUGUGUGUAACUUGUGAACAGAAACAAACCGGUGGCAAUGACAUUAUUGCCUAUGAAAGUUCAAGGCCUUUUGUGCAGGCUUGCGAGGCGCAACAUGAACAAAUCUAUUCAUUGUACUCAAAAGUAUGUAAACCUGCUUUAUCUCAUGUUAAUAUCAAAAAUAUAGAGAUUACCAAUGACGACGACUUAGUACUAGCAUGCAAGCCUACAGUUAAUACUAACGUUCCAGGACGUACUACCUCCACUAUCAGGAUAGAUGGCAGAAAUGGUUGUCCUUUUUUCAGGAAAGCCGAGUUGGCAGAACAGCACUCUGAUAACGGAAGAUCAGUUACGAUACAGAUGCAAGCAAUAAUAUUUCGAAUUCAGUCAUCAUUUGCGAUAUAUGCAGCCUAA